AUAAUUGGAUUUUUAGAUUUUCAGCAAAUAUAAACGGCUAAAUCUAUUAUAUCACCUGAAUAUUUUUAUUUUAAAAUUUAAUAAUAAAUUAGUAAAAAAUGUUUGAAGAUUAUACCAAAUCACUUUAUAUGGAUUUUGAUGGACAACGUCGUGCUGAAAGUUAUUUCGAAAGAAUUGUCGUUUUAUCCAGUAUUAUCGGAUUAAUAGUUGGAUAUGCAUAUCAACUAAUUUCAUUGGCCAUCAUCAUAUUGGGUGUCGGUUUCGUACUAUCCGCAUUGAUAACCAUACCACCAUGGCCAAUGUAUCGACGUUGCCCAUUAAAGUGGCAAAAACAUGAUCCAACCAUGUUUGACGAUUAUACACCUGUUUCAGGUGAUGAAUGUCAUCAUCAUCAUCAUCAAAAUGAAUCACAGCCAUCAACGUCGGGACAACAACAAUCGAAAAAAAGUUCAAAAAAUAAAAACAAUUAAGAAAUGGGUCGAUUAACCACGGGCACAAUUUAUUGUUGAUUGAUUGAUUUUAAUGGUUGGUUUUGUAUUGUGAAACGUAUUAUUUUCCAAAGGCAAAAAGAGAGUGUUUUUAUUUAUGUGAAAAAAAAAUAAAAAUUGGCAUAAACUCUUUUC